AAUGGAGCUAGCCAAACCAACUGAGCCAGCCGAUGGGAUGAAACCAGCCUUUUUAAAUCUAGCCAAACUACCUCAUGAGAAAUAUCUUCAUAAUCACUAUGAUCUUGUAGUGUUUCUCGCUGAAAUUUUGGUCGUUGUGGGAAUCCUUCUUCAAACUAUUUUCAUCAGCAAGGCUCUGCAUCGAGAACCAGGAGGACAUGGACUCAUCACAACAACCUCGAUAGCCACUUUUAUGAGAUGGAUGAAUUUCGGCGAGUGGUUAUGCAAAACCGUCGAUAUAGAGGGAAUGGAUUAUACGAUAUACCACAAUGGAACAAUGACCAUGAUAGAAGCUUUGCAAUUGAAAAGAUAUGGUAAACACUCAUGGCUGAUCUUUGUCCUCUUAUGCUUUCCCUUUGCCAUUUUCUAUCGAAUUCACAGCGCUGUAGUACUCUACAGAGUCUCCAAGAUACACAGGUACGUCACAGAAGUCGAAGUGAGGAGUGAGUGGAAUGAAUAUCGGCAAGAACAACGUUCUCUGCUGCCUAACCAGACAAUGAGAAACGACACACCUUGAUGGAUCGAUAUCAGUGACAGCUUGUGUGUGUGUGUGUGUGUGUGUG